GUGACCCAGCGGAAGCCGCCGGAGGGCACAGGAUGCGUCGUCGCCGCCGCCGCCUCUGGUCGAGAGCAGGAAAACCCACCGGUCCGCCGCCGCGGCCGCACCGCCCCAGGGAGGCUAGCGUUCAUAAAACCGGCCGGCGCCAAACGGCGUCACUCAGUGCUCGCUCGGACCGGUGCCUGCAGUGGGUGUAGCUCGUGAGACGCUCCGAUCGACGGAUACGUGAACAGCCGCAGACAUGAACGCGAACGCCACUGGAUUGGCCGUACUGCUACUGCUGGCAGUGGCGUGUACCGCCUCAGCACAGCGACGAGGCAUCAUCACCUGUUCCUGUCCGAUGGGCAACGGACGCUCACAGCAGGGCAAGCUGCUGGGCAGCGUCUGCUAUGUCGUCGGCGUCGGCUCGUGCCGGUCCUUCACCUACGAGGGCACCUCGCAGCCGCAGCGGCAUCAGAAGCAGCACCAACAGCAGUACGAGCAGCAGCAGCAGUACCAGCAGCAGUACGAACAGCACUACAAGCAGCAGUACCAGCAGCAGCAGCAGCAGCAGCAGCAGCAGCAGCAGCCGCAGCAGCAGCAGUUCGCGGGCCAGCGCCACUCGAACCAGCAGCGCUUCCCGUUCCGCUCGGGUUUCCAGAGCCGCUUCGACACCAACCGGCCGGCCCGCUUCGGCUCCAGCCCGACCAACACCCGCCUCAACCAGUUCAACCGCCGGCACCAGUUCAGCUCCUCGGCCCCCGCCGACACCAGCCGCGCCGUGAGCAGGUUCUCGCCGCACCGGCCGGGACGCUUCGACCUGGCGGCCGCCGCGGCCACCGCCUCCCCCGAGCAGCAGCGCUCUGCCGCCGAGGAGACGCGCCGACAGCUCGAGUCGCGCCGCACCUUCGAGAGGGAGCUGGCCGAGUCUGGUGUCACCGUGAGGCCCGGCUCGCCCGAGGCGGCGCAGGCCAGCGAAAGGAGGCCUGAUGAUAAGUCGGCCGACCUCGGCAACAAGGCGCUGGCGCAGAUUCUCUAUCUGCAGAGCCUGCUCGGACGCAGCGGACGGCGAUAGACACAGACGCCGAUCUACUCCAUUCUCUUCGCCGAAGUCAUCAGCGGGGCCUGUGCCCCGUGCCGUCUCAAAGGAAUACGAAGAGGACUCGAGGACUGCGAGACCCUUCUACGGAUCGCUUCAGUUCCAUCCGAGUAUUCAGGACGGCUCAUCAGGAGAGCGCUGCUGGACGGCGUCAACAGGUUCUACGGCAUGUGCAUGAGGCUGCCGCGGCCUGAGUAGGCCGUCGACGUCCUGCAGCACGCCACGAGCCCGGCCGGCCGGCCCUGCUGGCCAGGCCGGUCGCCGCUGUAUGAGAUCGUACCUCGAGUACGAUAGAGCGCCAGUCUGGGGACGAAUGCGGCUGUCUGGAUGGAGCCGCGUCGUGGACGUUUCCUGGCUAUGUAGUGCUGGCUGUAGCCGCGCGGCCGCGGCCUGAAACAGGCUGUGGAGUCUCUGAGCGGCUCGGGUCGUCGUGUGACGGCCCGUUGCACGCGGCGGGUGCACCGCUGUGCACGCCAGUGUGAUAGUAUUGAGUGGAUCGUCACUCGGUUCUGACCGCUGUGGAAUCCCGCCACUGUGUUGACGGAGCGUUCAGCAUGUGACAUCCAGUCCUUUGUAGUGCAAUGCGAUCGUGUGUAGCGCCUUUCAUUUACCAACAACUGUUCCUCGAGCUUCUGAAAUUAUGGCGAGGAAUAUGAAAGCGAUUCGACUAUACCAAAAAGUGAGGCUCCUUAGUACUGUAUGGCUCUAUAGCCAGUUUCAGGAGCGGCAUUCUUUCAUCCAGGGUAAUUUGCAUGUAUUGUGCUAAUGAUGGCAUGCACCAGUGAACUAUGUUUUAUUUAUUGCCUUUAUUGCCAGUUUCAUUUCUUUGCCUGUUUGUGUGCAAACUUGUAGUUUUUCCUGUCUUGCUAUCUUGUAAAUAUAAUGAUGUGUAAUCUU